AUGGAGCUCAACAUUGUCUCAAGAGAAAUAAUUAAACCAUCUUCACAAACUCUCCAUCUGAAACCUUACAACCUCUGCCUUUUCGAUCAGCUCAUCCCUGAUACUUUUGUCUCUGUCAUUCUCUUCUACCCAGUGCAUGAUCCCACAGUCAUUGACCACUCCGAAGCCAUAACCCAACUGAAGAAAUCCUUGUCAAAGGCACUCAUCUUGUACUAUCCACUUUCUGGGAGAACCAAACAUAAUCUAUACGUAGAUGAUUUCUGUUCUGGUGUUAUUUUCUUAGAAGCCAGAGUCAAGUGUAAAAUGUACGAGUUCUUCCAAAGAAAAAACGAGUCUCAGAACCAGCUAGUCCCUUUUCAACCCUUUUGCCGAGAAAAAACGGGUGAUGUUCCCCCGAUCGCCUUCCAAGUGAACGUUUUCUCUUGUGGUGGGAUUGCACUCGGCAUUUCCUUGUGCCACAAGAAUGCCGACGCUGCAACCCUAAGCCAUUUUCUCAAAACAUGGGCAGCUUUCUCUACCGGCUCUCCUGAGAAAAUAAUAAAGCCCGAUCUCUCUUCUCCGGCCAUUCUCUUUCCUCCGCAAACAAAUGAUUUUCUCAACAAGUCCACAUCUCUGAUGGAUCGUUUAUGGUUCAGUGAAGGAGAUUAUGUUACAAAGAAAUAUGUUUUUCGUGCUAAGUCCAUAGAAACUCUUAAAGAAAGAGCGAAAAGCAAACGCGUUCCAACCCCAUCCCGCAACGAGGCAAUCUCGUGUUUGAUAUGGAAACAUGCAAUGGCAGCUUCAUGGGCAGCGUCUGGCUCCCCUAAGCCGUCGGUGGCGGGCCAAGCAGUGAACAUGCGGCCGCGAAUGAAGUCCGUCCACGGAGAUAAUUCGCUGGACAACGCCCUCGGAAACUUCUUCUGGUGGGCACUGGCGGCUUUUGAUCCUGAUGAUUAUAACGUUGAGAGUAGCAGUGAUGUGGAGCUAAGUGAAUUGGUGGUGCAGAUGAAGGGUGCAACGUCAGACUUCUUCAAUGGAGAUUUUAUUUCUGAAGUGAUGACCGGCAACAAAGAGGGACUGACUGAGAUUAUGAACCAGCUAGAGUAUAUGUGCUCCAUCGAGUUGGCAGAGCCUGACUUCAUUAUGUUCACGAGUUGGAAAGGUUAUUACAACGAGGUUGAUUUUGGCUUUGGGAAACCAUUCAGUGUAGGAACCAUAGGAAAGGUUGGCCCUGCGUUUAGAAAUUUGGUGAUAUUGGUUGAUGCUGAUGAUCAGUGGGGUAAAGGCUCAGUCGAGACAUUUAUUACCUUGCAACGUAAAGAAAUGGCUCUCCUGGAGAGUGACGACACUUUCAGGUUUUACCUCUGA